AUGAAGUUCCUCACCCCACUCGCCACGCUUCUCAGCACCGCCUCGGCCGCCGCCAUCAGCCCGCGCCAGGCUCCCGAGUCGGUCUCGGUCAAGGUCACCAACCUCCAGUGCCAGCCUCGUGGCACCACCUGCUUCCUCACCUUCGAGGUCCGCUCGAGCGCCUCCUCUCCUCCUCUGGUCUGUACCGCCACCACCCAGGCCUCCAGCACCAUCCCGUCCGUGCCCAACGAGAGCUGCUCGGACCCCAACGCCGUCUUUUCCUUCACCGCCGAGGGCUCCGGCCAUCCCGCCUUUCUCUCCUUCACCUGGACGUCCAGCUGGGAGAGGGGUGUGCAAAAGGUGCACGCGGCCCGCGCCUUUUCGACUGGCGACUUUUCCAGGGACCAGACCGGUACCCAGAGCUACGUGGGCCCCAAGGACUUUGUCAUUUCUGGCGUCACCACGAGCUUGAUCAUCAGGCAGUGA